UAUUUCUAAAAUACCCUAAUUAUUUUUUGUAAUUCCCGCGAUGUCCCUUGACUCUGAAUCAUCUCCUUCCUCGAGCAGAGACUGGUUCUUCCCUCCACAAUCCUUCAUACACUCUUACCCCGCCACCGCCACCGCCAAACCUCAAAAGUUCAUCCGGAGAUUUUCUGAAACAUCCCGAAUAUCGCAGCGUUAUACCGAUCAUCACAGGUAUAGGAAGAUUUCCUCCUGUAUUUCUGACUCCCCGACGACUAGUAAUGAUGUCAAGUCUGCUCGUACUCGACGGAGAUUCAAUCUUGACCGCCGGAGCGACGUCUCGUUUGAACCUUCCGAAUUGGAUUUCGCUUCAAAACGGAAGUUGGAGCUGCCGGACGUCUCGAGCUCGGCAAAGAAAGUGUCUGAUUCCUCGCGUUUGUUUAGGUCGCUUGACACUACUCUAAAUGUUCGAUGGCAUUUUUUGGCUAUUGCAGCGUCGAUUUUUGUCGUGGUUUUCGCAACAUUGGUGCAUGAAAACUUAUCUCUGCAGGAGCAAGUCAACGAAUUAGAGACCCGGAUUUCUAAUCUUAACAUCAAAUUACGAGCCUGCGAUUUGUUUGACUCUGGAAAUGAAGAAGUUGUGCGUUCACCAGACGAUCUUGUUGAUGUUACAGAUAAAAGAUUAAAAACUUUAGCCUUAAUCGUAUCCCUGACACUGUUGUCGGCCCCUAUCAUUAUUAUGAAGUAUAUUGACCAUGUCUCUAAAUCGAGAUCAUUGGACAACAAUUUGGAAGAAGUUUCACUCAACAAGCAGCUUGCGUAUAAGGUGGAUGUCUUUUUCUCGAUUCACCCAUAUGCUAAGCCACUGGCAUUGUUGAUAGCGACUUUACUACUGAUUACGCUUGGAGGUUUCGCAUUAUUUGGAGUGACAGAUGAUAACCUUGUCGAUUGCCUUUGGUUAUCUUGGACGUAUGUAGCUGAUUCUGGAAACCAUGCCAACUCUGAAGGUAUCGGUCCGAGGCUAGUUUCAGUUUCCAUUAGCUUUGGUGGGAUGCUAAUAUUUGCUAUGAUGCUUGGACUGGUAUCUGAUUCAAUAUCGGAAAAGUUUGACUCACUUAGAAAAGGAAGAAGUGAGGUUGUUGAACAAAAUCACACUUUGAUCCUUGGAUGGAGUGAUAAACUGGGGUCACUUCUGAAUCAGCUUGCUAUAGCCAAUGAAAGCUUGGGAGGAGGCACUGUUGUGGUGAUGGCUGAACGAGACAAAGAAGAAAUGGAACUUGACAUUGCUAAAAUGGAGUUUGAUUUUAAGGGAACGUCUGUUAUAUGCAGAAGUGGAAGCCCGUUAAUUCUUGCAGACUUGAAGAAGGUCUCUGUGUCAAAGGCCCGUGCAAUAAUUGUCAUUGCUGAGGAUGGAAAUGCUGAUCAAAGUGAUGCCCGUGCAUUGAGAACUGUUUUAAGUCUAACUGGAGUUAAAGAAGGGUUGAAAGGACACAUAGUGGUGGAACUUAGUGAUCUUGAUAAUGAGGUUCUUGUAAAACUCGUUGGUGGAGAGCUUGUUGAAACUGUUGUGGCUCAUGAUGUGAUUGGUCGCUUAAUGAUUCAAUGUGCACGCCAGCCGGGACUUGCUCAGAUUUGGGAAGACAUCCUUGGUUUUGAAAAUUGUGAGUUCUACAUAAAAAAGUGGCCACAAUUGGAUGGUAUGCAAUUUGAGGAGGUAUUGAUCAGCUUUCCUGAUGCAAUUCCUUGUGGAAUCAAGGUUGCAUCACGAGGUGGAAAAAUUUUACUGAAUCCUGAGGACUCAUAUGUGCUGCAAGAAGGUGAUGAAGUCCUUGUUAUAGCGGAGGACGAUGAUACUUAUGCACCAGCUGCAUUACCUACGGUAAGAGAAGCAUCUUUCAUGCAUAUUGCAAGACCAACAAGAAAGCCACAGAAGAUUCUACUUUGUGGAUGGAGGAGAGACAUUGACGAUAUGAUUGUGGUAUUGGAUGCAUUUUUAGCACCGGGUUCAGAGCUUUGGAUGUUCAAUGAUGUUCCUGAGAAUGAGAGGGAAAAGAAGCUUGUUGAUGGCGGUCUUGACAUCAGCCGAUUGGAGAAUAUAUCUUUGGUUGACCGUGAGGGAAAUGCUGUAAUUCGGCGUCAUUUGGAAAGUCUUCCCUUGGAAUCAUUUGAUUCGAUCUUGAUUCUUGCUGAUGAAUCUGUAGAGGACUCAGCUAUUCAAGCUGAUUCAAGAUCUCUUGCAACAUUGUUGUUAAUACGUGACAUUCAGGCUAAGCGUCUGCCAGUCAGAGAUGCUAAGACUGUAGCUCACAGGGGAAGUUUCUCGCAAGGCUCCUGGAUUGGAGAAAUGCAGCAGGCUUCUGAUAAAUCGGUUAUUAUCAGUGAAAUUCUGGACCCAAGAACUAAGAAUCUGCUUUCAAUGUCAAAAAUCAGUGACUAUGUCUUGUCAAAUGAACUUGUCAGCAUGGCCUUAGCCAUGGUUGCUGAGGAUCGACAGAUAAAUGAUGUUUUGGAGGAGCUAUUUGCAGAAGAGGGCAACGAAUUGCAUAUAAGGCAAGCUGAUUUGUACCUUCGUGAAGGAGAGGAGCUGAGUUUCUAUGAAGUACUUUUACGAGCCCGACAAAGGAGAGAGAUUGUGAUUGGUUACCGUUCAGCUAAUGCAGAAAGAGCUGUUAUCAACCCUGCAGCUAAGAAUGAGCGACGGAAGUGGUCUCUUGGAGACGUUUUUGUAGUGAUAGCCGAGAAAGAAUGACAAUUCGUAAUACCAUUAUUACAUAGUAGGUUAAUCCUUCAUCA